AUGCCUGCGGACAGCGAUUCAAAGUCGUCGAGCGAGUCUCAAAACUCAUCUCAAGGGUGGCUGUCCAGGUGCUUGCCUACCUUAUCUGUACGUGACAGACGAGUCCCUAGUCGAGGGCCGGACAGCGUAGGAGAACCCUCUGCUGACUCAAGUGAGAAAAAGAGGAAAAGGAGUUCGCUCAAUCCAAACAGCCCUUCCAAGAAAACAAUGGCCUCAACCAGGUCGCAGAAUACGGCCAGUGAUAAGAACGAACUUGACACCUAUCUAGAAGUUCGCAAUGCCCUGAUAAAAACGGAAGCCGAGGAAGCUUGGGACUAUGCUGCAAGUACAUCUGACCUCGCUCCGAAGCAGAAGCAAGCUGCAGACAUAAUCCGCCUGAUUCGAGAAUUCGAGCGCAGAUACAUCUUUGGAAACAUGCCAUCUGAAGAAAUCCCCGCAGAUUGGACCUUGGAUAUGGGUGGUCAAUUUCUCACCAACAAGAGUCGUAUCGAGAAACAAAGCAUUGUGUUCCAGAUCUCAAAGAAGGUCCCGAAAGGAGCAUUAUUGCACCUACAUUUCAAUGCAGAACUGAAUCCUGAACGGCUACUUGAGCAGGCUCGAGAGAUGAGGAAUAAUAUGUAUGUCUGGAGUAUUAGACCUUUGAUUACCGAACAAGACCUAGAUGAGACCGAGAUCGUGUUCAAAAUUGUACCCUCAACCACCAAGGAUUCAAAUAUUUUUGAUAAGCAAUAUCAGGGAAGAGGAAAGGUGAAAGGUGUCGACGGGUCUGUUAAGGAUAACUGGCGACACCCGGAAUACUCAGACAGGGUAUGGAUGAAGUGGGAAACUUUCCGUCAAACCUUCCCGGCGAGGUUCGCGAAGAAAUAUGACAAGAAGGAGGCAGUACGAACCGACGACGGCAUCGGCGAGGAACCGGCAAAGGUCCCACUCGACCCAGCAGAGAACUGGAUAUUAUCGAAGAUGGUGUUGAGUGAGAUAGAGGCAUAUGAACCCUCGCAAACAGUUAACGGAGUUUGGGCUCGGUUCAACCAAGCUACGAGAUGUUUCAAGGGUCUGCUUAAUUACAAACGUGUGUACGAAUGGUAUAUCGGUAAAGCGAUCGACCGGAUGAUUGACGAAAAGGUCAUGUACGCUGAGCUUCGACCUAUGCUUUUGGACAAAUUCAUUGAAGAUGAUGAUGGAGGGCGAGAAGUGAGGAAUGCAGAACAGAUGCAACUAAUCCUGGAAGCCGUAGAGCAAAAGCAAGCAGAGCUCAGAAAGGCUAACAAGGAGCAUCUGUUCCCGUUCGGUCUUAAAAUCAUCUAUUGCACACCACGCUCUAUUCCAGAGAAGAUCAUGGAAAGAGAGAUCGAUGACUGCAUAAAGUUGAAGAGCCAGUUUAAGGACUUGAUCUGUGGUUUCGAUCUAGUCGGUGCAGAGGAUCGACCCAACCACAUCGGCUUCUAUCACAAACAGCUGACUCGUCUGCAAAGGGAAUGCAAGGAGAAGGAUCUCGAAAUACCCUUCAUGUUCCAUGCUGGUGAAACACUUCUCGAUACCGGAGGAUCAAGCGAUCCCCAAAACUCUAAUCUCUACGAUGCCGUGGCAUUGAACUCCAAACGAAUUGGGCAUGGCUUUGCGUUAAUGAAGCAUCCGCAUCUCGUGGAAAAGUUCAAGCGAACGAAGACAAGCAAAGGCAUAUGCAUUGAAUUGUGCCCUAUCUCGAACGAACUCCUGCACCUGUGUAGAAACAUCAAGGAGCACCCUUAUCCAGAACUUCUUGCAGCAGGUAUCCCCUGCUGCGUGAACAGCGACAAUCCUUCCCUUUUCAGUAAUUCAAUGUCUCAUGAAUUCUAUCAGAUCAUGGUGGGCUCGCCUACCAUGUCAGUACACAGCUGGAAACAGCUCGCUUUGUGGAGUCUGGAAUACAGCUGUCUCAAGGAUAAGGAGAAGGAAAUAGCCGAGGGACACUUCAGAACCGCCUGGGCGGAGUUCUGUGACUGGGUCGUAGAAACAUAUGGAAAUCUAUUCGAUUUCUCCGUUGAUGGCCAGGUGCAGGGACUGUCAAAUGACCGGGCACAGAAAUGGUACCAACAGGAGCUCCGCGUAACUCAUUAG